GUGACUUUCGUGACCGGAUUCAGGGCAUCAUAUUCAAGAACAAGAAUCCGCGAAGUAUUUGUGCCGGACACAGACAUUUUUUCAAAAUUUCCCAAUCGCUUUACAACAAGUCACUUCAGCUCAGUCUUUCAGGUGCUUCCCUUAGCAUCUGAAUAUUGUGGCAAAGCUAUUCGCACCCAAGAACUGCAACAAGUUCAAGUGGAGAAGUUUGACCUGGUGAUGUUGAGCGUUGUCUUCUCUGAAUGUCUUUAUUCCUUAAUCAACAAGUUACAGGUACCCUAUAUUCACAUGGUUCCAAACAUGCUGCUUGAAUCAAUGAGUGACCUGGCAGGCAACCCACAGUUCCCUUCAACAGUAGGCAGUUUCCUAUUGGACCUAGGCCACCCUCUUACCUUCACUGGCAGGAUGAUCAACACACUCAGCCACAUACUGUAUUCUGCUAUCACUAUGCAUUACAUAAUUCCAAGGAUGGCAGUCGAGGGUGACAUAGACACCACCAGGCUCAGGGACAUUCGACUCAACGGCAGUCUCGUUAUUGUUAAUAGCGUGGAGAUGCUUGAGGUACCAGCCAGACCCUACGUUCCCACGGUGAUCCACGCUGGCGGCAUCCACUGUAGACCAGCCAAGCCUCUACCACAGGACCUUGAAGCUUGGGUGGCAGAUUCAGGUGACGCAGGUUUUAUUUUCUUCACCCUUGGAAGUGUUGUUCAGACAUCAACUAUACCAGAGAAGCACAGACUGGUGCUGUUGAAGGUGUUUGCGUCCCUGAAGCAGCGGAUCCUCUGGAAGUGGGACCAGGACACGAUGGACGACCUCCCGCCCAACGUGCGUCUUGCCAAGUGGCUUCCACAGCAAGAUAUUCUCGGGGAUCCUCGCCUACGACUUUUCAUCACUCAUGGUGGUCUGCUGAGCACCCAGGAGGCCACCUACCACGGCAUCCCCAUCUUAGGAAUGCCUGUUUUUGUUGAUCAGCAUCACAAUGUUCGGCAGGCACAAAAUGAGGGGUGGGGACGACUUCAAGCCUGGGAGGACCUCACCUACGACCUCCUCCUUCAGAAUAUCCAUCAUGCCAUAAAUGACACUAAAAUGAGGCAGGAAGCAGUGCGACGAUCACGUGUGAUGCGCGACCAGCCUAUGUCUCCCAGGGAGUGGACGGUGUACUGGGUGGAGUAUGUCAUCCGGCACCGAGGUGCUUAUCACCUCCGCUCACCCUUCUUCACCAUGCACUGGUACGAGGUGUACAACGUAGACGUGUGGCUGUUAUUAACAGUGGUGAUCGUUCUGAUGACCUGCCUCUUUUGCUGGGUACUUCGCAGAGUCUUCUCUCGAUGCUGUUCCACCACCAAGUACAAGAAAGAAUAAUCACUGUUCAGGAAUCAUCUAAUCAUUCAGCCUUAUCAAAUAUUUUGUUCAUUAGACUCUUAAUACAGGUGUUACUACAGGAAUGAUCGUUAUUAAAUUCGUGCGAAUAUUAUCAUUGGUAAUUGAGGGUCAGGUUUCAGCGAACCUGAGGAACAUGGUCGAACCCACUCCAGCUAAACAACACAAUGAACUAUCUUGAGUCCCACCCUAGCUGAACCACUGAAUGAACUAUCUUGAGUCCCACUCCAACUGAAGAACACAAUGAACUAUGUUGAGUCCCACUCCAGCUGAAUAACACAAUGAACUAUGUUGAGUCCCACUCCAGCUGAACAACACAAUGAACUAUCUUGAGUCCCACUCCAGCUGAACAACACAAUGAACUAUCUUGAGUCCCACUCCAGCUGAGCAACACAAUGAACUAUCCUGAGACCAACUCCAGCUGAACAACACAAUGAACUAUUUUGAGUCCCACUCUAGCUGAACAACACAAUGACCUAUGCUGAGUCCCAAACCAGCUGAAUAACAAGAUGAACUAUUUUGAGUACCACUCCAGCUGAACAACACAAUGGACUAUUUUGAAUCCCUCUCCAGCUGAACAACACAAUGAACUAUCAUGAGUCCAACUCCAGAUGAACAACACAAUGAACUAUCCUUAGACCAACUCCAGCUGAACAACACAAUGAACUAUUUUGAGUCCCACUCUAGCUGAACAACACAAUGACCUAUGUUGAGUCUCACUCCAGCUGAACAACACAAUGAACCAUCUUGAGUCCCACUCCAGCUGAACAACACAAUGAACUAUUUAAGUCCAACUCCAGCUGAACAACACAAUGAAC